AGCACAAACGAGCGGGCAGGGCCGGGGCUGGAAGUGACGCGGGCGGGCGGGGCUGCGUGGCGCUGAUGGUGGAGGCCCCAUGUUGAUGUCCGCGGCGUCCUCCGCGCCUGCAUAGAUCAAACAUGUCAUCCUUUCAAGAAGUCCCAUCUUCAGCUAACGCUUUACAGACAUCCAAUUUUGCACACGUGAUUUUUCAGAAUGUGGCAAAAAGUUAUCUGCCGAACACACACCUUGAAUGUCACUACACUCUGACCCAGUUUAUCCAUCCUCAUCAGAAAGACUGGGUUGGUAUUUUCAAGGUUGGUUGGAGUACAGCAAGAGAUUAUUACACAUUUCUGUGGUCACCUAUGCCAGAAAAUUAUGUGGAAGGAUCAACUGUCAACUGUGUCCUGAACUUUCAAGGAUACUACCUACCAAAUGAUGAUGGAGAAUUUUACCAGUUCUGUUACGUGACUCAUAAAGGAGAAAUCCGUGGAGCAAGCACACCUUUCCAGUUCCGUACCUCUUCUCCUGUUGAAGAAUUGCUCACUAUGGAAGAUGAAGGAAACUCCGAUAUGCUGGUGGUGACCACAAAAGCUGGACUUCUUGAGUUUAAAAUUGAAAAAAUAGUUAAAGAAAAAGAAGAGCUAUUAAAGGUUACUUCUGUUCUGGAGAAAGAAACGGCACAACUCCGGGAUCAAGUUGAAAGACUGGAAAAAGAACUUAACCUUGAAAAGCAAAGAUGUGACCAACUGCAAACAGAGCAAAAGACUAAUAUUCAAGCAUCAGAAACUCUGAAAAUUGAAAACGAUGAUUUGAAGAAAAAGCAUGAUGAAGUUACUUCAAAAGUGCUCCAGCUUGAGGAAGACAUCAUGACUGUUACUCAGAAAGCCAUUGCAAAAGAAACAGAGUUAGACAGUAUGAAGGACAAGCUGAAGAAAGUGAUGCUUGAGAAAGACCAACUUGAAUGCGUGAUAAAAACAGAAAAGGACGUAAAAGAACUUUAUAAGGAGGAUGCAGCUAUUCUGAAAGAGCAGCUUCGGAAAGCUGAAGAUCAGAUUCAGGCUAGCAAACAAGAAGCUGUCCUAAUGUCAAAAGAGCUGAGUGAUGCAGUAAAUGUGCGAGAUAAAACAAUGGCAGAUCUUCACAGUGCGCGUCUGGAAAAUGAGAAGUUGAAAAAGCAGCUUGCUGAUGCUUUAGCUGAGCUUAAAAAAAUCACAGCUUUGAAAAAUGAACAGGAAACUGUGAACACAACAGAGCAGGAACUGCGCAGAGAAGUUGAAGAUCUGAAGCUUCGUUUACAAAUGGCUGCUGACCAUUACAAGGAAAAAUUCAAAGAAUGUCAAAAACUUCAAAAACAAGUGAACAAGUUUACAGAACAGGCAGGUGAGAAGAUGAAAUGCAGUGUUUAUGCUGAUGAACUGGCUAAACUGGAGCUGAAAUGGAAAGAACAAGUGAAAAUCAAUGAGGGUAUAAAAUUACAACUAGCAGCAAUGGAGGAUCAGUAUAAAGUUCAGCUGGCAGAAAAAGAGAGACGCAUCAAGGAACUGGCAUCACAGCUGGAACUCUUUACCGCUGAGAAGGAACUUGGCAAGGCAGCAGGAAAUCAAGCAGGGAGGAUGAUGGAAGGACAGAUUUCACAGCCGACGUUACAUUUUCGCAACCCAUACUCAGAGGAGAACGGCCCAGUUCCUGCAGUGCCAAGUAGACUACCAGUACUGCAGUAUGGAAACCCUUAUGCAAUUCAGGAAAGAAGAGAUGGAGCAGAUGGUGCCUUUAAUCCUGAUGAGAUCCAAAGGCCACCUGCUAGAACUUCCUUUUGGGAGCUAGAAGAUGACGUGGUGUGUAGUCAGCCUUCACGCAAUCUCAGUCGGCCCGAUGGUUUAGAAGAUCCUGAGGACAGCAAUGAUGAUGACAACGCUGUACCUUCUGCUCCUGAUCCUCCGAGCCUCCUCCUGCAUGAACGUGGAACGGGUUUUUGCUUUGAUUCCAGCUUUGAUGUGCACAAGAAAUGCCCUCUUUGCGAUGUGAUGUUUCCACCCAACUAUGACCAGAGCAAGUUUGAGGAGCACGUGGAGAGCCAUUGGAAGGUGUGCCCCAUGUGCAGUGAGCAGUUCCCACCUGACUACGACCAGCAGGGCUUUGAGAGGCACGUUCAGACGCACUUUGAUCAGAACGUUUUAAACUUCGAUUAAAUACUCCUGUUUUGCAGUGUAGCUUAAGCAGAAACUACUUUUGAGUGGUCUACCUAUGGAAAACAAACAGCACAUCUUUCCUUUAACAGUGCAAAUCUCUGAGUAAAGCUAGUAUACUCUAAUGGAAGCCAUGAGGAGUCUUGGCUGCAAGCUGCUAUUUGGGUUAUUUUCUCUUUAUUUAACAUUAUACUAAAAACAAGCAAACAAACAACUCUCCAGCCCCCCCCCCCUUGUUGUGUCUGUAGUUAUUUAUUCCCCUGCUUAGUGGCAGUUGUUAAGGACGCGGGAAUGACAGCCUCAGAAAAAGGCCCACCUUCAUGAUAUUCUUCAGCUGUAUGGAAAACCACCAGAACACCUGUGGUAACUGAGGCGUGAUUCAGAUGUAACACACAGAUGCUUUUCCUCCUGGAGUCGUGCACUCUCUUUGAGUAUCAGUUAAAUCAGAAAGCGAAAUAAUUAACCCAACAAAAGUAGAGUUUUCUAGAACCUUUCUGCAGUGUAGCUGCAUGUACUGUGAGAUUACGUGCCCGCAACGAAAGCAAGGGUGAGUACUUCAGUUUCACACAUGGAAUGUUUGCCUUAAGGAAUAACAUUGAAUGAGGGAUGUUUUACUUUAAGGCAGUAUUUUUGAGUUGAAAGACAAGGCUGUGCUUAAAUGCCUGGAAAUCAAUUGUUUAAGUAAGUCAUUGACCAUUACAUUGCAACUGCAUUCAGUAGAAAACGUUCUAUUUUCACAACAGUGAAUUGUGUUUGUUUUGGCUUUUAAACCCUUUUAACUUUAUGUAUUUCUUUCUAGUAAAUAUAAAUGUGUGUAUAUCUAAAACAUUUUAUAUUUACUUAACUGUAUUAAGUAAAAUUGCUAUCCAUGUGUUGUACAGUAGUCUUGUAACAUUAAAAGCAAAGUUACUCAUAGA